CCUGAUUUCAUGCCCAGGCCGUUCGGACGCGACUCUGCUCCUGCUCAACGCCAGGCCAGCGUUUUCCUUUAGGACAUAUAUUAGUUGUACACCUUCCUGGGAAAACACAUAUCGCCUGCUUGCAGGUCGUAGCAUGGCACCAGUCGACGACAGCUGCGAUGUUUGCCGACAACAACUAUUACGACAUCUUAGUUCCUCCACCAGCUGAUCCGGUCCAGCCCGCAGCGCCGUUGAAAGAAGGUCCAUACGAGUUCGACGCGAGUGGGCUUCGUAUCAAAGGGUUUGCGGAGGCGACGCCACAGGAGAUCAUGGCCGAGAUCCAUUCGCAAUAUGAUGGUCUACCGAAGCAGUAUGGUGGAGCGCGGUUUGUAGCUGCACGGAGAAAGAGCAAGCAGUUCUUCCAGGCCCAUCUUAUGUGGUACGGCGUCAAGUUCCCGCCCAACGCUGGGAUUCGGGAUCUCGAAGUGUACCUUGCACGGGAAAUGCUUCGCGAAGCGCCGGUGCCGCAGAUAUCUACAGAAGUGCGGGCAAUAGAGGCCGACAUGCAAGAACGAUACGAGUCGAGCAGCCCGCCCAUGCUGAGGGAAGCGGAACCGUGCCCCGAGCUACCGGAGACGAACACGCUCGAUCUUGCCCUUUCCCAGGAAGUAUACAUCGAGUGCGACGCCAACAGCUUCCUCACUGACCCAGAAGGCUUCCCUGGCUUAUACUUCGGUACCGAUACCCCCUCGACCCGCGUCGUCGUCCUGCAACGCUUGCCCGACGCGUACCGCCAGUUUGCGGACGAGAUGCUGUGCCACAAGCAUGGGCUCAAGAGCGUGCAUAUGCCCCGCCCGGGAUGUAGGGCACAGCACUACGACAUCGUCCUGUCGCGGGCUGGGAGUGCGUUAGCAGCGAAAGUGUUAGAACUGGGGUCAAGCCAGAGGGGAAGAGGGCGGCAUGGGUAGCUACUCCCGGAAUGUAUCUU